AUGUCAGAUCAGUCCCUGCCUUCCGGUGCUCUGGAGGCAUUACAACGCCCUUCGAACGCUGGAGACCGCUCCACAAUUCGCAAACUAUCUGAUUUCGAUCAAGGCGUACUUGCGGUUUCUGCAUCGCACGAUGAGGAUCUGGGAGAAUUGACACACAAAUUUGACCUUCUUUGUCCCCGUAACGGAUGCGGUAGCGUAAUCUUGAAAGCGGGCGUCGGCCGAUGGGUAGAGCGUGAUAGUGUCGAGCUCGAUAUUUCAAAGGAGCCUCUUCACCCAGACCUGCCAACACUGCCAGCUCCACCUGCGACUACGCACUGGUGGUUGGUGACUCCAAAUAUAAUAGAAUUUGAGAACAUUGGUUUUACAAGGCCUGUCCAGAAAGACGCAGUUGCAGCACAAAAGCUCAAGUUCCUGAUAUGCGCAGAGUGCGACCUUGGCCCAUUGGGGUGGUGCGAAGAAGGGGGUAAUGAAUUCUGGCUAGCUUGUUCGCGGGUGGGAUAUCGCUGA